AUGCGGCACCAGCAACAGUGGCACAUCACGUGGCUGCGCGCGGAAGACGCGGGGGAGAAGGCGGAGGCGGAGGCGAGGUGGGAGGAGGCGGAGACGGAGGCGGAGGCGGGGGAGGGGGCGGAGGCGGAGGCGGAGGGGGAGGGGGAGAGGGGGGAGAUAAAGGAGGACACGCCAGGAAAGCGGGAGGGAGGGCGAGACGAGGGGGGGAAAGGGUUCGAGCAAGGGAGUGUGGAUGGUGUGGCAGCGCGUGAGAGGGAAAUGGCUACUGCGGAGAGCGUUGGGGGAGGAGGAGAGGCGAGUGUAGGCACCCGGGACGGGAACAUUGGUGGUGGGGAUGUGGAUGGGAGCAGGGGCGGGGGCGGGGAUGGGGAUGGGGGCGGAGUGAGGGAGAGAAGACCUAGACAUGGGGCACGAAGAGAGGAGGGACGAGGACAUGGCGGGGUGCGUGUGCAGAGCGCGAGUUUGAUUGGGGAAAGUGAGAUAGUCGCAGAGAGAGGGGGUUCGGGAGUGGUGGCUCAAGGGGAGACAGGGGAUGAAGGGGAUGAAGGGCUGAAGGGAGAUGCGGGAGACGCUGGGGAUGGAGACAAGGAGGAAGUUAUGGGCGGAGGCGAGGGUGGGAGAGCUGAGGGAGCGCAUGGAAGCAUUGCUUUUGAGCAACGACGCAAGUGCCGGCCUUUUGGCGCUGGUGGUGGUGGUGGUGGCGGUGCUGAUGAGACGCCUCAGCAGUCUUCUUCUGGUGCGGCGGGCGGUGAGGCCUCGGGGCGUGCCGCGGACGCUGAAUCCUCUCCCUCUUCUUCUUCCUCGUCCCAGCAGAUCCACUCGGGCAGGAAGCGCAGCGGUGGGCGGACGGAGAGGCAGCAGUGGUGGGAAGGAGCGCAAGAGAUGGAGCUGUUUGAGGAAGCGCAGGAGCACGGAGCCGUUCAAUCCGGCACGGAGCAUUUGUUGGAGGUGGUUCGAGCGGAGGAGAGGGAAGCAGCCGCGGGGACUUUUGGGACAUCUCAAAAGACGCAGGAGCACAGAGCAGGUCAAUCCGGCACGGAGCAUUUUCUGGAUGUGGUUCGAGCGGAGGAGAGGAAAGCAGCAGCCAAGAGAGCGGCGGGCGGAGCAGACGACAGCAUAAGGGCCAAAGGAGAGGGUGGAGGAGAGGGCAGGGGAGAGGGCAGAGGAGAGGGCAGAGGAGAGCGGAGCUUCUCAAUGCAACGGAGCGCUGAGGCAUACAGUGCUACUGUUGCUACUACUGCUGAUGCUACUGCUGCUGCUGCUGGCAAUGAUGAUACCAUACCCUGGGAGAUAACGAAGCGCCUCAAGUACCCACCCUCCACCACGGUUCUUCUUAUCUUAAACGCAUCCUUGAACCUCCCCUUUGGUAUAGUAUUCAACGCCUCUUAUUCCUGUACUAUUCUGAGAUCCGCCAAGCCUGGGGAAGGGGGGAGCAGUGGGGCGGACGGCGCAUGGGGGGGGUUUGUGGGGUUGUGGCAGAGAACAGCAAACGGAGCAGCAAGCGGGAUGGCAAGCGGAGCAGAAGCAGCAGGAAGGGCAGAGGCAGCAGCAGGCACAGCAGGAAAAGAGACAGCUGAUUUCUGGAAAGAAGGAGCAUCAGAUGAAGGGGCGGACUGGGAAGGAGUGAGAGGAGAGGGGGGGGCGGAAGCAGGAGCAGCAGCAGGAGUAAAGGCAGAGGCAGCAGGCACAGCAGGAGAAGCAGAGUUAGGAGAUUAUUGGGAGAUUAGUGAGGUGGUAGAUGGGGAAAGGGUACGAGGAGCGGGGAUGGCGGAAGCAAGGACAGCAGCAGCAGCAGCGGAAGGAGGAGGAGCUUCAGCUUCAGCAGCAGCAGCAGCACCAGCAGCAGCAGCAGCAGCAGCACCACCAGCAGCAGCAGCAGCAGCAGCAGCACCAGCAGCACCAGCAGCAGCAGCAGCAGCAGCAGCAGGGGGGGUGCCAUGGGGGGGGUUCACGAUCCGACUCGUUAUAAGAACGGAUCAGCCGGUGCUGUCGAUAGUAGGCGCGCACAAUGUGCUUAUAUACGACGUGAGCUUUGUCCUUCGCAUGGAUGACACGUCAGCGCCGUGUAGGAGCGUGCCAGUGGUGGUGAACGAAUGGGAUAGCUGCCCUGCAAUCCACGUCAGCAGAUCGUACGGCGUGCAGAUUGGCAAGGGCCAAGUGUAUGGGCGGAUAGAUAUGCUGCGCGUGAUGGGGGCUCGGAUCGAUGGCAUGUUGAUCACAUCCCUGGAUGUUGACACGUCAGCAGGGGCUGUCCACGUGGCACUCUCUGGCCAUGGCCCCACGCUGCUGCGCUCCGAUAUAAGCAUCACCAAUAACGAGAUUUAUGGCGUGGACACGCCUAUAAUUCUCGACUCGGGGGCGAUCGGUGUGACAGUCACCAACAACCUCAUCCACUCAUUCGGAUCUGCUGCGAUUCGGUGCGGUGCGGGUGGGUACAGCCAGAGCGAUUGCAUGCUAUCUACAAUCUCCUAUAACUCCAUUCAGAAGAGGGGAGGCGUGCCUGGUGGUUCUGCCAAUGGGGCUUCUGUUGCUGCUGCUGCUUUUGCUGCAUCGGCUGCUUCGGCUGCCUAUGCUGCUGCUUCGGCUUUCGAUGGUGGAGGGAUCUCCAGUGCUGCUGCUGCAACUGAUGACGAUGAUGGUGGUGGUGGUGGUGGUGGUGGUUAUGGUGAUGGGGAUGAUGGUGGUGUGGGUGUUGGUGAGGGUUCAUCCAGUGUUUUAACUAACACUGGCAUCGAAGAUGCCCCAUACUUCGCCCUCCAUCGUCCCAACUUCCACUCAAGAUACGAGAAUCGUUAUUACACUCCAGCUCAUGCGCACGCUCGUGCUCUAGCACACCAGGAAACCCCGCAAGCUGUUGUUGAAAUCGCUACAGCCACACCUGCUACAGCUGCACCUGCUACAGCCGCACCUGCUACAGCCGCACCUGCUACAGCCACACCUGCUACAGGCGCACCUGCUACAGCCACACCUGCUACAGGCGCACCUGCUACAGCCACACCUGCUACAGGCGCACCUGCUACUGGCGCAUCUUCUGUAUUGAAUUUGGUUUUUGAAAGUGAUAACGAUGCUGGGGGAAGCACCAUUGGUGGCAACCGUGCACAGUGCAACUAUGUGUUUGGCACGGAGAGCAGAGCAGCUACUGGGUUGGGGGAGGAGGAAGGGGAAAGGCAUGAAAGCUUGUUCUCUCUUUACCGUACUCAUCCUCCCACCAUUCCAUCACCCCCAUCCCCUCCUCCCCCUUCUUGUUGCUGCAGGCAACCGUGCACAGUGCAACUACGUGUUUGGCACAGAGAGCUGCUGCUGGGCAACCGCGCGCAGUGCAACUAUGUGUUUGGCACAGAGAGCUGCUACUGGUUGGGCGAGCAUGCGAUGGGCGUGGGAGGAGAGCUGCUACUGGGUGCUUGUUCUGUACCGUACUCAACCACCCAACACCUCCGGUCCUGUCCCUCCCACCCCCUCCUCCUUGCCGCAGGCAACCGCGCGCAGUGCAACUAUGUGUUUGGCACAGAGAGCUGCUACUGGUUGGGCGAGCAUGCGAUGGGCGUGCGUGUGAGGGGCGGCGCGUGUGUGCGCACGCCCCUGGGUGUGGUCAUGGAUAACGGGAAGAGGAACGACAUCCGGUGGCUGAUAAUGCGGGCCAGCAGCAGCACGCCAGUCACUCUCUCAUGCACACAGCCAAAAGUGUUCAACUGCGGCAGCCCCAUCGGGCGCUACUGGGAAGGCAUGCGCCGCUCCUACUACCGCACGCCUGCCUUUACUGCUGUGACCCCGUCGGGCGCUACUGGGAGGCUGCUCCUACUAUCGAACGCCUGCCUUGCCUUCACUGCUGUGAGCUGGUUCAGUCCAUGA